UUGCUCUGAGAACGGUUGCCAGGCGCUGGGUCAGUGAGGGAAGUGCUGAAAUAUCUGAACGUCACUACCACCGCCGCCGCCACCGGCCGAAGGAGAUUUACAACCGGCGGUCACUCGCAUUUUCAGGAUAGUUCAACAUCGAAGAGGAAACCUGUCAACAACAACAACAACAAAAAACAAGGACUCUAACUAUAUCUACCCACUAGUCCGGAUACAAUAGCGGAAAUAAAAGUUCAUGUUUCGCACUGUGUUUAGUUGAAACGGCUUUUAAUAAGAGUUUGAACUUUUAGAUCGCUAAGUCAGGUGUAUUUUAUUAAACACUGUUGUUAACCUAUUCUUUAUGGCUCAUUUGACUUGAGUUGAACAGCGAUUGAUGUGAUUCCUAAUCGGUUAUGGAGAAGAAGAGGAUGGAUUGUCCCUGUCUGCCACCGGGCUGGAAGAAAGAAGAGGUGAUCCGGAAGUCAGGACUCAGCGCUGGCAAGACUGAUGUCUAUUACUACAGUCCCAAAGGGAAGAAAUUCCGGAGCAAACCCCAGCUGUCCCGUUACCUCGGCAACGCGGUGGACCUGGGAUGUUUCGACUUCCGAACGGGCAAGAUGAUGCCCGGCAAGAUGCAGAAGAACAAACAGAGGCUACGGAAUGAGAAUCUCACCAUCAACAAGGGUAAACCAGACCUGAACACAGGACUUCCUAUCAGACAGACAGCCUCCAUCUUUAAACAGCCUGUCACCAAAGUUGUGAACCACCCCAACAACAAGGUGAAGAUAGACCUACAGAGAGCCACAGAGCAGCCCAGACAGCUGUUCUGGGAGAAGCGGUUGAAAGGCCUGAGGGCGUCAGACAUAACAGAAGAGGUCCUCAGGACCAUGGAGCUUCCCAAAGGUUUAACAAGUUUGGGUCCGGACACGUCAGACGAGACGCUCCUCUCGGCCAUCGCCAGCGCCCUCCACAUGAGCUCCUCCCCCAUCACGGGCCAGACGACCUCGGCUGCAGAGAAGAACCCGGCUAUCUGGCUCAACACGUCGCAGCCCCUCUGUAAAGCCUUCAUAGUCACAGACCAGGACAUCCGGGAACAGGAGUUGAAGGUGAUCCAGGCCCGCAGGUGUUUGGAGGAUGCACUGAUGGUAGACAGGUUGGCGAGGGCUUCCGAAUCCAGCAGAGACUCAGAGGACAAGGCUGCAUAGGAGACCAGACAUGUGUUCUUCCACAGGCAGAUGAUGAAGGCACUCAUCCUACACACAGAGGAGGGUACCUCCACAAUGGAACCCUGAUCCCUAUGUAGUGCACACUAUAUGAAAUAGGGUGUCACUAAAGCACUAGGGUUACAAAGGGAGGGUAUAUUACUGGAAAGUUUACCAGUAAACUACCAAAAAAAUUUGGGGGGGUAACUUUCAAGGAUUUUAUGUCAUCUAUUACAAGACAUCUAGUGGCCCGUUUGGAUACUUCAGAUUAUCACAUGUGUCUGUAAUUGUGAAAUAUGAUAUAAUUAAAUAAAAUAAAAAAAUAGAAUUACAAAUAUGUAAAAUAUUAUCUUAAAUAUAAACCAACUUAUGAGGGUUUUUAGAAUGAAAUAUCUUUUUUUAUUUUUACAACUUAUUUAUUUUUAUUAUGUCAAAAUGUAUUUGUUGUCAAACUGGUGGCAGUUGUGAAGAAAGGUCAAUAGUUGGAAGAGUUGCAGAUUUUUUAUUAAAAAUCAAUGAUAUUGUCGAUUUUAGAUGCGUUUUUCAUGAAUUAGGCUAUUUUCACUUUAACCAUAUUUCAUAUCUACUAGAAACUCAUGGACAAUAUCGACACAGAUAUAAAUACUAUAUAUUAAUAAACCAAUUUUAAAUGACUAUAAAGUUAAGAUUGCCAGAUAAUUUUGUUGAAUUACCAUAUAUUAGUGAAGAUUACGGUCACUUUGUUUAAUUACCAGUAACUUUGCAACACCCAGUAGGGACAUCCAGAGACGGAUAUCAGUCAGUCUGCUUCUUAUGCUCUGUAAACGGACUGUCACAUCCUCAUUCACAUCCUCAUUCACAUCCUCAUUCACAUCCUCAUUCACAACCUCAUUCACAACCUCAUUCACAUCCUCAUUCACAUCCUCAUUCACAUCCUCAUUCACAUCCUCAUUCACAACCUCAUUCACAACCUCAUUCACAACCUCAUUCACAUCCUCAUUCACAACCUCAUUCACAACCUCAUUCACAUCCUCAUUCACAACCUCAUUCACAUCCUCAUUCACAACCUCAUUCACAUCCUCAUUCACAACCUCAUUCACAUCCUCAUUCACAACCUCAUUCACAGCCUCAUUCACAUCCUCAUUCACAUCCUCAUUCACAACCUCAUUCACAACCUCAUUCACAUCCUCAUUCACAUCCUCAUUCACAACCUCAUUCACAUCCUCAUUCACAACCUCAUUCACAACCUCAUUCACAGCCUCAUUCAUCCCUUGACACCUAGCUUCAAACCAAAGCCUUUUUUGACGAAACUAUUUUUUUGAUGUACAUAUCUGUACAAUGCUUAUUUUUUUGUGUCUGAAUUUUGCACUUAAAUACUAUUUUUUAUAUAAAGACGAAUAUUGACCAAUAUUAUUUGAACUUCUGGUAUCUUCAUUUGCAAUCUGCUGGAUUUGUAUAUUGCUAACUAUUUUCCUUUUUCUUUAUUAUUCAUUUGUAAUUUUUGGUGUUGUUGGUUAUAAAGGUAUUGAAUAUUAUUGUUUUUAGUGUUUUAUAACAAAUUAUUAAGUGCUUAUUUAAGACAUGUUUAUACCCAGAGAGAGAAAAAAAAUAUGUGGACAAUUGUUGCCUCACUUUAGACUUUUAAAUUAAAUAAAUGAAUAUAUUCACAA